GGAUUGAUUGGAUCUGCCCUGUAAUUAUCUAGGUGCGACUUUCACAGGUAUUUGGUUUCUAAAGUUGCGUCAUAUGUGUUCCCAUGGAGACCAAAGGAAGCUCAGACAGGGUGUAUAUGUGCCGUUCCUGUAGCAAGCUCAAUAGUAAGAGGCUUUGUCUGUUACGAUGGCCACAAACAAGGAAUUUUCACAGAUACAAAACAGCCCUCCGUUUCAUCACAUGCUUCGAGCAUCUGGGCAGGGUGAGAUCUGGUAUGAUUUUACAGAUGAGGAGAAAUUUCGCAGGUAUGGUUGGCGUUGUUCAACUAAUGAAGACUUGUAUUCAAAUGCCACCCUCAUUGGCAACUGGUGUGAGGAAAGACUUGACACUCGACGUACUGUGGCGUUACGACGCCCCCUGCCGCAUCAGUUCUCUCAUCAUUUUGAGACAACGUAUCAUUCUAGUUAUAACAAAGAUGAACGGCGACCAAUUUACACAACACCAAAGAAAGAGUCCAGAAGCUUCCCAAGCCACCAGCCAGAGCUGGACCCUCAACACAUUAAGUGUGUGCCAAAAUCCUGUUACAGACUGGAUUUUAAACAACCUCAACACAGAAAAGAUCAAGUGCAGGGGAAAUCUGUCGGCAUGUUUUCACGCUAACACUUAUAACCAAAUUAGUCAGUAUCAUUGUUUCAUUUACAGUUUUAAGGAAAGGUUUGUUUGCUAUUUGGAAUAACCUGCAUGUCUAGUAGAAAUGUAAAAAUACCAAUGUUUGUGUGUGUCUGUUUUUAGUUUUGUCAGAUUGUGUCUUAAUUAUAUUAAAUAUAUUGUACUUGUGUUUUUUUUUUAAAGUCCAUAUUUGAUAACAAACGGUAUACUGUUCUGUAUAUGUGUAUAUAUGUCUAUACACUCUAAUGGGGCGUACACACCAAACGCGAAUUCACCGAUUUGCGCGAGUCGAUUACAUACAAAGUCAAUGCAAAGACGCAAAUAAAUGCAAAUUUUGUGAAUGCCGCAAAUAGGGUGGUGCAAUUGCCACAAACAAGUUUAAAUCCAGCAAGUAACAUUGAGCGAGGAACACGAUGAAUUCAACGGUUUGCGCGAGUAAAUUACAUACAAAGUCAAUGCAAAGAUGCAAAUAGACUCCCAUGGGGCAAUGCGAAUUGGACGGCGCAAUGGCCGUAAAAACACAUGCUAUUCGCCUCAAACUCGUCUUCGCGCAUGUUGAAAAUAUUCAACUCAAGGGAAAAAUUAGCAUGACACGACGUUAAAUCCUGCGAGUAAUCUAGAUCCAGGAACGCAAUGCUUUGCAUUUGGUAUUGUACACACCAAACGCAAAGCGUGUAUUAUUUGCUGGAUUUAAAGCGCCAUUAUGUAAGACAUGAUCACAACUCCCCUGUAUGGUUGAAAAGCGCAAUUGUCUGUUAUUGGUGUUGUAAAUACUGUUGUUGUAUAGCCUCACCGUGGGCAAAGUAAUACAUGUGAAUUUGUUGAAGUUAGGGCAUUUCGCAUCACCCCGCGCGAGUUUGCGUCUAUUCGCGUCUUUGCAUUGACCUCGUAUGUAAUCUAUUAUACUACGCCCCAUUAUACUACCUUUAUCAUUAUUUAGGAACAUUACCUUUCAAGAACCAUAUUUUUAAAGGGGACAUAUCAUGAAAUCUGUCUUUUUCCAUGUUUAAGUGCUAUAAUUAGGCCCCUAUUGCUUCUAUCAACCUAGAAAAUAUGAUAAAGAACAACUCAGUAACUUAGUUUUGGUAAACCGUUCUUUGCAAGCAUGUAAAAAAAUAGCUCAUUGAAAAUUGCCUCACCUUGUGAUGUCAGAAGGGGAUAAUACCGCCCAUUUAGUGCAGAGAUCAGCUCAUUUGCAUUUAAAAUGACACACCCAAAAACUGAUGUUUUUUGUUUGAGCACACUGAAGCAAAUCCCUAAACUUGUACCGAGUUGUAUGGCAAUAAAUUAUUGAAACUUGAAACUUGAAAACAUAUGUACUCUGGGGACACCAAAGAUUUAUUUGACAUCUUAAAAAUGUCUUGUAAAAGGUCCCCUUUAAGAGGAACACAGGACCCACAUUGUUGAAAACAGUUGGAUUCUGAGAAAAGAAGCUUA